AUGAUGGAGGCUCCUCCUCCAACAGACUCCAUCAGGCUCCUCCAUCAUCAGGCUCCUCCUCCAUCAGGCUCCUCCAUCAGGCUCCUCCCUUCUUCAGGCUCCUCCUCCAUCAGGCUCCUCCAUCAGGCUCCUCUAUCAGGCUCCUCCAUCAUCAGGCUCCUCCUCCAUCAGGCUCCUCCAUCAGGCUCCUGCAUCAUCAGGCUCCUCCUCCAUCAGGCUCCUCCAUCAUCAGGCUCCUCCUCCAUCAGGCUCCUCCUCCAUCAGGCUCCUGCAUCAUCAGGCUCCUCCUCCAUCAGGCUCCUCCAUCAUCAGGCUCCUCCCUCAUCAGGCUCCUACUACAGGCUCCUCCAUCAGGCUCCUCCUCCAUCAGGCUCCUCCAUCAUCAGGCUCCUCCUCCAUCAGGCUCCUCCAUCAUCAGGCUCCUCCCUCAUCAGGCUCCUCCUACAACAAGCUCCUCCAUCAUCAGGCGCCUCCAUCAUCAGGUUCCUGCAUCAUCAGGCUCCUCCUCCAUCAGGCUCCUCCAUCAUCAGGCUCCUCCUCCAUCAGGCUCCUCCAUCAUCAGGCUCCUCCCUCAUCAGGCUCCUACAACAGGCUCCUCCAUCAUCAGGCUCCUGCAUCAUCAGGCUCCUCCUCCAUCAGGCUCCUCCAUCAUCAGGCUCCUCCUCCAUCAGGCUCCUCCAUCAUCAGGCUCCUCCCUCAUCAGGCUCCUACUACAGGCUCCUCCAUCAGGCUCCUACAAAAAGCUCCUCCAUCAUCAGGCUCCUCCAUCAUCAGGCUCCUGCAUCAUCAGGCUCCUCCUCCAUCAGGCUCCUCCAUCAUCAGGCUCCUCCCUCAUCAGGCUCCUACAACAGGGUCCUCCAUCAUCAGGCUCCUGCAUCAUCAGGCUCCUCCAUCAUCAGGCUCCUCCUCCAUCAGGCUCCUCCAUCAUCAGGCUCCUGCAUCAUCAGGCUCCUCCUCCAUCAGGCUCCUCCAUCAUCAGGCUCCUCCCUCAUCAGGCUCCUACUACAGGCUCCUCCAUCAGGCUCCUCCUCCAUCAGGCUCCUCCAUCAUCAGGCUCCUCCUCCAUCAGGCUCCUCCAUCAUCAGGCUCCUCCCUCAUCAGGCUCCUCCUACAACAAGCUCCUCCAUCAUCAGGCGCCUCCAUCAUCAGGUUCCUGCAUCAUCAGGCUCCUCCUCCAUCAGGCUCCUCCAUCAUCAGGCUCCUCCUCCAUCAGGCUCCUCCAUCAUCAGGCUCCUCCCUCAUCAGGCUCCUACAACAGGCUCCUCCAUCAUCAGGCUCCUGCAUCAUCAGGCUCCUCCUCCAUCAGGCUCCUCCAUCAUCAGGCUCCUCCUCCAUCAGGCUCCUCCAUCAUCAGGCUCCUCCCUCAUCAGGCUCCUACUACAGGCUCCUCCAUCAGGCUCCUACAAAAAGCUCCUCCAUCAUCAGGCUCCUCCAUCAUCAGGCUCCUGCAUCAUCAGGCUCCUCCUCCAUCAGGCUCCUCCAUCAUCAGGCUCCUCCCUCAUCAGGCUCCUACAACAGGGUCCUCCAUCAUCAGGCUCCUGCAUCAUCAGGCUCCUCCAUCAUCAGGCUCCUCCUCCAUCAGGCUCCUCCAUCAUCAGGCUCCUCCCUCAUCAGGCUCCUACAACAGGCUCCUCCAUCAUCAGGCUCCUCCCUCAUCAGGCUCCUUCUACAGGCUCCUCCAUCAGGCUCCUACAACAAGCUCCUCCAUCAUCAGGCUCCUGCAUCAUCAGGCUCCUCCAUCAUCAGGCUCCUCCUCCAUCAGGUUCCUCCAUCAUCAGGCUCCUCCAUCAUCAGGCUCCUACAACAGGCUCCUCCAUCAUCAGGCUCCUGCAUCAUCAGGCUCCUCCUCCAUCAGGCUCCUCCAUCAUCAGGCUCCUCCUCCAUCAGGCUCCUCCAUCAUCAGGCUCCUCCUCCAUCAGGCUCCUCCAUCAUCAGGCUCCUCCCUCAUCAGGCACCUACUACAGGCUCCUCCAUCAGGCUCCUACAACAAGCUCCUCCAUCAUCAGGCUCCUCCAUCAUCAGGCUCCUGCAUCAUCAGGCUCUUCCUCCAUCAGGCUCCUCCAUCAUCAGGCUCCUCCCUCAUCAGGCUCCUACAACAGGCUCCUCCAUCAUCAGGCUCCUCCAUCAUCAGGCGCCUCCCUCAUCAGGCUCCUACAACAGGCUCCUCGAUCAUCAGGCUCCUCCCUCAUCAGGCUCCUACUACAGGCUCCUCCAUCAGGCUCCUCCUCCAUCAGACUCCUCCAUCAUCAGGCUCCUGCAUUAUCAGGCUCCUCCAUCAUCAGGCUCCUCCUCCAUCAGGCUCCUCCAUCAUCAGGCUCCUCCAUCAUCAGACUCCUCCAUCAUCAGGCUCCUCCUCCAUCAUCAGGCUCCUGCAUUAUCAGGCUCCUCCAUCAUCCGGCUCCUCCUCCAUCAGGCUCCUCCAUCAUCAGGCUCCUCCUCCAUCAGGCUCCUCCUCCAUCAUCAGGCUCCUCCAUCAUCAGGCUCCUCCUCCAUCAGGCUCCUCCAUCAUCAGGCUCCUCCAUGAGGCUCCUCCAUCCUCCAUCAUCAUACUACUCCUCCAUCAUCAGGCUCCUCCUCCAUCAUCAGACUCCUCCAUCAGGCUCCUUCAUCAUCAGGCUCCUCCUCGAUCAGGCUCUGCAUCAUCAGGCUCCUCCAUCAUCAGGCUCAUCAUCCAUCAGGCUCCUCCUCCAUCAUCAGGCUCCUCCAUCAUCAGGCUCCUCCUCCAUCAGGCUCCUCCAUCAUCAUGCUCCUCCUCCAUCAGGCUCCUCCAUCAUCAUGCUCCUCCAUGAGGCUCCUCCAUCAUCAUACUACUCCUCCAUCAUCAGGCUCCUCCAUCAUCAGGCUCCUCCAUCAUCAGGCUCCGCCAUCAUCAUACUACUCCUCCAUCAUCAGGCUCCUCCAUCAUCAGGCUCCUCCUCCAUCAUCAGACUCCUCCAUCAUCAGGCUCCUGCAUCAUCAGGCUCCUCCAUCAUCAUGUUCCUCCAUCAUCAGGCUCCUCCAUCAUCAGGCUCCUCCUCCAUCAGGCUCCUGCAUCAUCAGGCUCCUCCAUCAUCAGGCUCCUCCAUCAUCAGGCUCCUCCUCCAUCAGGCUCCUCCUCCAUCAUCAGGCUCCUCCAUCAUCAGGCUCCUCCAUCAUCAGGCUCCUCCUCCAUCAGGCUCCUCCAUCAUCAUGCUCCUCCAUGAGGCUCCUCCAUCAUCUUACUACUCCUCCAUCAUCAGGCUCCUCCAUGAGGCUCCUCCAUCAUCAGGCUCCUCCAUCAUCAUACUACUCCUCCAUCAGGCUCCUGCAUCAUCAGGCUCCUCCAUCAUCAGGCUCCUCCAUCAUCAGGCUCCUCCAUCAUCAUACUCCUCCAUCAUCAUCAGGCUCCUCCAUCAUCAGGCUCCUCCUCCAUCAUCAGACUCCUCCAUCAGGCUCCUUCAUCAUCAGGCUCCUCCAUCAUCAGGCACCUCCUCCAUCAUCAGACUCUUCCAUCAGGCUCCUUCAUCAUCAGGCUCCUCCUCCAUCAGGCUCCUCCAUCAUCAGGCUCCUCCAUCAGGCUCCUCCAUCAGGCUCCUCCUCCAUCAGGCUCCUCCAUCAUCAGGCUCCUUGAGAUAA